AGUUCGCAAGGACUUUCACAAUAGCCAAUAUCUGAAGAGAAAAUGACCUGAGGAAUAAUCGAAAAAGUUGCAUCGAAUUCAGUAGAGAGUUCUCGCUGCGGGUAGUUUAUAUUCACACGACCUUCUCCAUAGCAAUGAAAUGGUUUGUUAUUUCAAACGUUCGAGGGUAUCAAUUAACAUAAUCAGAUUGGACUUCGAUGAGCAAACAUUCAGAGUGACGCACGUUUGAAAGUCAACGAACCGAUUCAAAUAUUCCUCAUAUAACGUUGAAACCGCACUGCACACAGACGCCAAGAUGCUGAAUCGUGCCUUUUUGUUGAAAUGUGCUGCCUUCCUUUCGCUUGGGCUGGCCUUGCAAGUUUACCAAUUGAACGCCAAGGCAUUGGUCAAAUUACAAGGUGUUUCUCUCGACUUGAAGACGAUGACACCAUCAAAAACAAUGGCGCCCACAGCCCCUUAUCAAAGCACGAAGUCCGACGGAACACCACCAGCACCGUCGGUCGAUGAGAUGAAGACACCCCCCACCCCAGACCCAAGUGAGAUUACGUUCACUGAUCACGUGAACACGCAAGGUCAAGUGAUAACAUCGCCCACAGUGGACUUGUUACCACCAGCCAUAGAACCGCCAUGUUGGAAGAAGCGAAAAGAAAUUAUGAAUUUCUUUAGCAAGUUUGCAAUGCUUGGCCUUCCACAAGAUUACACCCCCCCUCGUUGUGACGAUCAGGGAUACUACAAGCCACUUCAAUGCACCUUCGCUGGCUGUCAUUGUGUUGACAAGAAUGGAAAUCCCACGUCAGAUUUCAGCCCGUAUUCCCGCAUACUAGAUUGCGAAACUGAAAACGUUCUUAAUUCUUCGCCUUCACAAUAGACCCAAGAUAAUCCGUUCUAGGCAACGUAUAUAAUCAAAAUUUUCAACUAUAUACUCCAUGCUCUUAUAUUUAUAUAUAUUCAACAGU